AUGCCUCGCCUUACCAUCACUAUCUUGGCCAGGAACGAACCUCUACGUCGAUAUUAUGUAGAGCACAUCUGGAAACUUGCUGGCUUCAUCGGAGGGCCGAUCGCUACAUACAUCACUGACGAUAAGGGUGAAUUCGAAUUCGACUCUUCCACCCACGAAGCAGACAUUCGCAUGCUCGGACAAAAGUCUGUGACGCGUAUUGUCGAGGGCGGAGGAGCGUUGUUCACUGCCGACUUGUGGGUCGACAGGCGAGUGGAAGCUGGGACUACAAUUCGCCUGGAUAAUCGACAGGAGAAAGUCAAACACUUUGAGAUCUUGAAUAAGACCAUCGAGCUCUACGAUGCAGUCCAUCGCAACUUUGCGCCAUUCUCGGCCUUGAGUGAUACAGCAUUCCCGUUGGGUAAGAAGGCGACCCUACAGAAGACGAAAGAUCAAGUUACGCGUAUCGAGACAGUGUACCCCGAUAACCUGGGACAGGAGCUUGCCUUCGUAGAGCCAAAGUCGGUCAGAACUGGCUAUCCUCUCAUUCAUCUCAAAGGGCCUGGUCAAGGUGCUGAAGAUGGAAGCAAGCCACUCUCUCGCGAGCUCGCCCACGCACUUCAUUCUGCUCAGCUGGACGACGAUGCACGUGAUAAGGUCGAGGUUGACUAUAAGAAAUGA